AUGCGUUCUGAAACUGCCGGGUGCUGGACAUGUCGGAUUCGACAUCUAAAAUGCGAUAUGCAUAUACCUUCAUGUAAAGAGUGCUCCGACCGACAUGUCCAUUGCCACGGCUAUGGACCCAAGCCAACAUGGAUGGACGGUGCUUCAGAGGAGCAAAAAGAACGACAACGUAUCAAAGCAGCAAUAAACGAAAAUUUUCGCCGCGUGAAGAAAAUGCAGGGUCGAGCUCGCCGAAGGGCUAGGGAGCAUUCUCAGGCAUUGUCGGAAACGCAAACAAACGAAGAAGCGCCAAGGGCAAUGAUCACGCCGCCUCAGCCUUCGUAUUCGCCAUGUUUAUCUGGUCAAUCGGAUUUUUUGGAGCAUAGCAUUGAGCUAGAAAGCCAUGACACAAGCCAAGUUACGAGUCAUGAUCAUGAUGAGGCCCUGCAAUCCCGGACUGACUCCGGCAACCAACACUUCGAGCCUGGCGAUAGUCUUGAUUCUCGAGAAGCUUGUCUGUUGAUGCAUUAUCUUGAUCAAGUUUUCCCGUGGCAAUUUCCAUAUCAUUGUUCUAGAUCCCGUCUAGGAAACCGGGGCUGGCUUUUUCUCUUGCUGAUCAAGCGAGGCCCUCUUUACCAUGCCGUUCUCAGUUUAUCUUCACUUCACCAAGCUGCAAUACUCGGAACCGAGGAAGAGUUUCAGCAAAAGCAAAAGGCAUUUGAACACCACUCUAGAGCACUGCGGGAACUCUGUGAUAUUAUGAGCGAAAAGGGCGACAAAUUGCUGGAUGAUCAUCCUCAAUUGGCAGAGUUCUUGGCAUGCAGCUUCAUGUUGAUCAGCUUUGAGGUCUUCCGGGGUGCCGAGCAUGACUGGCUCCUACAUCUUGACGCCACUGCCUCCCUCAUGGGUCUUUUAUCACCGGAGGCUAUUUUCAACCCAGACUCUGUUAUCUGCGAUACUAGCUCGACUCCCUUUGCUGAGCAGCAUCGAUCUCCAAGGAGCGGAAUGGUUGAAGGACUGCAAUUUCUCACAGUCGCUGUGAUAUGGUUCGAUAUCUUUGCUUGUGUUACAACUGGCCGCGCGCCGCGGCUUCCGUAUCAACAAUGGCUUCGAAUUCAAGGCCUCAAUACGGCAGAUCUCAUGGGCUGCGAAAAUUGGGUUAUGUUAAUUACAGGUGACCUCGCUCAUUUCAGCAUCUGGAAAGAGACACAGGAAGAGCAGGGUAUGCUAAGUAUCCGAGAACUCGCAAGUAGGGGAAAAGAAAUAGAGAGGCGCUUAGAAAGUGGUAUACAGGACCUUGAUCUGGCACGAUGUGUAGGUCUAUAG